CGGGUUGCGAUAGCAUGCACCGAGUGUCGCAGCCAGCAUCUGCGGUGCGAUGCCGUCGUGCCGACCUGUUCCAGAUGUCGCAACUUACACAAAACGUGUGUCUACUUGGAUUUACGGCGAAGCCGCCGGAGACAAGCCGAAAUCGAAAAGUCGAUGCACUCGGAGCAUUACGAUGAUUCUACGGUAGAAGCCAGAAACGGCACUGCAGCUCGUCAACAGAGCCGGCUUUCUGAGGGAUCUCGGUUACAUCCAGGGCAAUCGAGCCCUCUCUUACCAAUCUUUGUCGCGGCUGGCAAUGCUUUCCGGCCAACCGUGUUUGCGGAUAAUGACCCUCUAUCAAGCAGACCAGUCGACGGAUUUUAUAAAUUUUUCUUCCCGGGCCAUCCAUUCAUACUACCGCAAGCACACUUGAUGCGCCACUUCGAGAAGAACCCGGAUUUCAGCCGUGAACUGGUUCUGAUGAUCGUCUUCAUUGGUUCGCUAUAUACUCACGAUUCGCUGUCAGACGAAUAUAAGCAGCAAGCUGAGCAGGCUUUGGGGAGCCGACUUGCGCCUCAUGGUUUUAAUGUUCAAGCUCUGAUGCUGUUUGCCCUCACCCUGGAAUGGUCGGGCGAAAAUGAGAGAGCAGCGAUAUAUCUUGAACGAGCAAAGGCUAUGGGUCUGGAAAUAGGCAUUCAACGGCGAGAUUUUGCUUCCCGUUGCGGCAUGGGAGAUGGGGUUUUGGAAGAAAGCUGGCGACGCACCUGGUGGGAGCUCUAUGUGAUUGAUGCACUCUUCGCCGGCAUUCGCCACCUGCCUACAUUCACAUUUUGGGGAGUAGAUGCAGAUGUUGAGAUUCCCUGUGAAGAAGAGUUAUACAUUGCAGGGAUGAUUCCUCAACCUCGAACCCUUCGUGAGUACGAUAAUCGUGGAUUCGAUGACGACGAUGAAAGCUUUUCCUCUUUUGCAUAUCUCAUCGAUGCCACUCGGAUACUUGGGACGACGUUAGCCGCUGGUGAUGUUGCCAACAAAUCCGCGUAUACUUUGGUUCAGAAUGCUGAGGCAAACCUAAUGAGCUGGGAUUUGCAUUUACCUCGUGCGAAACGCGACCCUGUCCAAUCCAAUGGAACAGUGGAUGAAGUAUUAUUCAAGGCCCAUAUGGCGAUACAUACUACAUCUACUCACCUACAUCGACCGAGAUCGACACUGCACUACACCACGAUGGAACUUUUAUGCUCAAAAUAUGCACCACCGCUACCUGCAGAAGUUCUAAGCGCUGAAGAACAGCAUCGCGACAGACACACACAUAAGGCGAUCAAUGCGGCAAAGAAUUUUGUCGAUUUACUAACCGCUUCUUCUUCCCCCUUAACGCACAGCCCCUUUGUAAUGUGCAUGGGAUCACUGGCCGUAGCCACGUAUCUGUCUGGCUGUGAACAUAUUUUGGCGGGUCCCGAGCUAGUACAUGCAAAAGAUCGAAUUCGGGUAUUUUUAGGAGUACUGAAGGCAUUUACCAGAAUAUGGUCGCAGGCACGACACUGGUCGGGUGAGAUAAAGCUAAUGGCAAGAGAAGUUCUC